CGAACCUUGACAAAAAUCUGGAAUUUUCUGGGCCUUGACGAAACGGUUAGAAUUAGGGCUUUGCCAUUGAUCAGGAUAUGAGAGAAAGCGAGCGAUAGGUUCUGCCUUGUACGCUUUUCCCUUGUGCGGGUCGCUGAUUUCCUUUUCCCUCUGUCAGCUACAAUUUGGUUAACACUGAACAAACAUGAGUCGCCUACAUGAUGCACAUCGCACCUUCUUUCCAUUUGGAAAUCCUUUCCGGAGUAUCCUUCCCAAGGGAUCUCAUCAGUCACUGAGGAUUCACUCAUUGUUAUUUUCUUUUGAGCAAAAUCUGACAGAAAUAUUCACAAAGAUGAAACCAGAGAAUAUCUCAGACGUCCUAACUUUAUCCUGGAUGAGACUUGCUAUUCAGUUCUUAUCAGAUGCUCAUAAUAGCCUGAGAACUUUUAUCAAUGAGCUUCAGUUACCUGUUUCUCAAUGGGAUGUGAAAUGGAUUGACGGGUACUUGGACGGCAGCGUGAAGUUGCUUGACAUCUGCAUUGCACUAUGUUCUGAGCUAUCUCGAUUAGAUCAGGGUCCGCUCUUGCUUCAGUGUGCGCUGCAUCUUGUGGACAAGUCAACCAGUUCACCACAAAAGCUUGCACUAGCCCGAUCAUAUCUUCAGGAGUGGAUUGAACUAAUCAACUCUAAAAGCUCUAAAUUGGACAAUUGUCUGUCGAUCAUUGAAAGCCUUCGAGGGACGCUUGAUCUCUUAAAGGUCAAGAGCUCCAAAGGGAAGGCAUUAAUGAGAGCUUUAUAUGGAGUUAAAGUCAUGACAGUAUUUGUCUGUUAUGUCUUUUCAAUCACUCUGUCAGGUUCCCCAAAAGCAUUACCAGAUCUCAACGUUUCUAAAGAGUUGGUCUGGUGUGAGGCUUUUAGUGACUUGCAAGCUGCUGUAACAGAUGAACUAAAGAGACAUAGUGUUACUCUUAAGGUUCCAUUACUUAAAGAGAUAGAGGCAGUUAGAGUUUCUGCUCUAAGAUUACAUGAUAUGACUAGCUGCAUCUGUUGCAAUGGAGAACCUGUGCUAGACGAUAAGAAUUGCACUAAUCACACAGAGGAAGAACCUGUACCUGGGAAGAGUGCCGACUUUGGAAGACAAAGGGUACAGGAUUGUGCAGCCAAUUUAGCUGACAGUGUAAAGACAUUCAGGCAAGAGCUAAAUUCUCUGUCAAAACAGACCGACCAUUUUUUCCAAAUUAUUUUGACAGGACGCGAUGCUUUGCUUUGUAAUCUCAGAGUGCAUGCUCUAACACCAGAAAAUAGCUUCAAUGAAGUGUAAAUUUGAGUGGUUAGUUGGUCCCAUGAAAAACUUGGUCGCUUGGAUGUGGGAUCCAAACGUUUUUGAUGUCCAUAAUAAGCUAGCUUCAGAGACCAUGCAACAUAUGUAUUUGAUGUAUGCUUUAAUGUGUUGGUACUUUUAAAAA